UAAUAAAGUUUUCAACUUUAUUUCUUUCAUAAAGUUAUGAUUGGUCAUUUAGGGUCGGUAGUGGAAACAAAUCAUCACCAUAAUGUAAGCAACUUUCAAUUUUCAUUCAUUCAUUCAUCAAAAUGGCUCCAAUACAACAAGUAGAAGAAGAACAUGAUGAAGAACAAGAACAAGAACAAGAAACAUCAUUAAACACAGAGAAAUGGAAUAAACAUUACUCAUCAAAGCACAAAAUUCUCUUUGUUGGAGAGGGUGAUUUCUCUUUCUCUCUUUCUUUAGCUAAAGUUUUUGGUUCUGCUCACAAUCUCGUUGCAACUUCCCUUGAUUCUCAAGAGAAAAUUGAAAAGAAGUAUAGUAAUGGAAUAAGUAAUGCAAGAGAACUUGAAGAAAGAGGUUGUAUUGUUCUUUAUGAUGUUGAUGUUAAAGUUAUGAGUCAGCAUUUUUUUCUCAAGACUCAAAGAUUUGAUCGCAUUGUUUAUAAUUUUCCUCAUGUUGGAUUUCUUUACCCUGAGAAUAGCUACUGCCAGAUCCAGUUGAACAAAAAGUUGUUGAAGGGAUUCAUGACAAAUGCAAAAGCAUUAAUAAAGAAAGACGGAGGAGGAGAGAUUCAUGUAACUCACAAAGAGGGUGAUCCAUACAACAAAUGGGAUCUUGUAAGAAAAGCAGAAAAGAGAGGACUAUUCUUACACCAAUCUGUUCCAUUCUUCAAAGAUGAUUAUCCUGGUUAUGACAACAAAAGAGCUCAUGGAAAGUUAUCAGAUUUAUCUUUCCCUGUUGGUGAAGCUAGUACUUACAAGUUCAAGCUCCAAACAUCUCUCUCUAACUCUUUAUAAUACAUUUCUUUGGAGACUCUUAGAAGAAUUUAUUAAGACUUAUUUUUGUGCACAUGUUUUUAACUUAUUUGAGUAAACUCUUUGUAAUAGUUUAUGGAUGAAUGCUUUGUUUAACUGUUUAUCA